AUGCUCGGCGCCGGCGGGUUCAUCCACCACGACCCGCACGGCGGUGACGAUGCCGCCGCCCGUGACGCUCGCCUUCGCCGCACCGUCGCCCUCUUCCGCGCCGAUUUCGGCGCGCCUCUCACGGGCUGGCCCUCCGGGCGCCGCCGCCAGGCCGACGCGCCGCCCGCGGUCGCGCCGCCGCCGCGGCGCGUGCGUGCGUCCGGCGUGCAGAUCUUCAUCAAGGAUCUGACCGGCAAGACAAUCACGCUCGAGGUCGAGCCGUCCGACUCGGUCGACAACGUCAAGGCGAAGAUCCAGGACAUGGAGGGCGUCCCACCCGACCAGCAGCGCCUGAUCUUCGGCGGGGCGCAGCUCGAGGAUGGCCGCACGCUCUCCGACUACAACAUCCAGCGCGAGUCGAUGCUGCACCUCAUUCCGCGCCUCACCGGGUGCUAG